CACACAUACGCGCGCGCGCGCGCGCACACACACACACACACACAGGCGCUCGCGCCGUCCCUGUACACGCAGCCUGACGAAUAACCGGUCCGCCGCCGCCGGUACCCUCUGAUCACUACAAUGGACCUAUUCGAGCUGGACUUCUUCAGGGAGUGGGAGCUGGAGCAGCAAUGUAGAACCCCCAGAAGAAAAGAAAGAGAGGUCGCCCAAGGAAUACCUGGAGACGGAACACAGCAGCAGAGAUCCAGACAGCUGGCUACAUCUGGGAGCAGUUGGAGAAAGAAGCACAGAACAAGACAGAGUGGAGGAAGAUUGUCAGUGGCCAAUGUUCCUGUUUGGAAACACAGACUUAAGCAGAACCAUUAUGAGCAGGACCGUUCAGCGCUGAAGAAGAAGGAGUGGGAGCGUCGCACGCAGGAAGUGCAGCAGGAUGAAGAUUUGUUCUCCACCGGCUUCAAUCUGUUCGGUGAGCCGUACAAGACAAACAAAGGCGAUGCCCUGGCCAACCGAGUUCAGAACACGUUGGGUAACUAUGAUGAGAUGAAGGAACUCUUGACCAGCCAUUCCAACCAAAGCCACCUGGUGGGUAUCCCGAAGAACUCGGUUCCACAGACCCCAGUGGAGAAAACCGAACAGCCCAGCUUCUUCACCGAAGCUCAGCGUGGCAGAGCCACCUCAUCUCAGCCAGCAAACCACACCACCUCCAUGCCUCCUCCACCUACCAACAACAUGGCAGGUCCCAGCAUCCUCCAUGGGCACCAGAGCACCAAAAAGUCCCGUUCCUCCGACUGGUCCCGAGGAGCGCAUAGUUCGAGCAGCAGCCAGGCAGCUCAGGCGGCCAGCCGCGGAAAGCAGAGCUCCAGCGGACACGAACAGGAACAGGGUGACUCGAGCCCUGGUACUUCGUCCACCUCCACACACCCCAGCAGGAGGCACGGGCAACCAGCCAAAGUGCCAACUGUUGUCAGCUCACCCUGCGAGCAGGACUCAGGUUCACCUGUGGCCUCUACUUCUCUGGUGCCCGGUGGUCUUUCUACACCAACAUUCCCCCAGGGCCUACACUGCAAACCCAGCAGUGGAGGACAGCAGAAACCCACAGCCUAUGUCCGGCCCAUGGAUGGCCAGGACCAGGCGCCCAAUGACUCUCCUGAGCUCAAGCCCACGCUGGAAAUCACAGACGGAUACGGCGGAACGCCAUUUACAAACCUGAUGGAUGGCAAAGGCAAUGCAGUAGGGAGCAAGGGCAAACUUCCCAAGCUGACUCUUCCUCAAUCAGGGGAGGUCAGCCUUCCCAAUGACUCCAGCUGUGUGGAGGAGAUUUUGCGGGAAAUGACCCAUUCCUGGCCUCCUCCCCUCACUGCCAUACACACACCGGGCAAAGCAGAACAGACGAAGUUUCCCAUUCCUAACAAGGACCCCCAACACGUUACGCCAGCAUACAAUGGACAAAAGCGCUGCAACGUUCCUGGUAACAAGCCCUCAACCAAGCCGGUGCCACAGAAGUCAAUGCUGGAAGAUGACCUGAAGAUCAGCAGUGAUGAAGAAGACACUGAACAGGCUGCAGAGAAACCCAAAACCAGGAGCACACCUCCAAACCUUCCAGGGCCCACACCACGGAGCACUGAUCCAGGUGGCCACUCCAGUGGGGCUUCUGGGAGCUCCAGCGAAUCCGAAAGCAGCUCUGAGUCUGACUCUGACAGUGAAAGCAGUUCCAGUGACAGCGAAUGCAACCGAGCGUCCCGCGCCACUACACCAGAGCCUGAACCACCAUCAACAAACAAAUGGCAGCUGGACAAAUGGUUGAACAAAGUCAACCCUCACAAUAAGCCCCUUGCCAAUACACAGUCAGAAAGCCAUGGACUUGGAAGCUCUCAGCCUGAGGAUGGCCAAGCUACAGAGAACCAAAGCUGUAGUAAGAGCAAGCCCAGUGCAGCUCUGGCACAAGCAGAUCCCAAAGACCGGACCUUGCUCAGUCCCAUCCGAGAAAAGGCCAAGCCUAAAACAGGCCAGAAAGGUCCCGAUGGUAAGGGUACCAAAGUGAAGGCCCCAGCUUCAGUUGACCUGCCUCCUUCCAGGAGAAGCACAGGCAAGAAACAACCGAAGAAAGUUGAACAGUCCUCAAACAGUGAGGAGCACAACUGGCCCAGACCUGUCAACUCCAGCACUACACCAAAGGAGAAAGAACCUCCACCUUUAGAACCACCAAAACCUAGAGGCAAGGCCCCAGGGGGCAAGACUGCCCCCAGAAAGGAACCCCGAUCCACUACAGUGACCACACCUGCCGCCCCUACCACCUCCGCUAUCAGCACAGCUCCAGACAAAAAGAAGCACAGAGGGCCUAGUAAGAUCAUCCCCAAAUCAAAGGAGUUUAUUGAAACUGAGUCAUCCUCAUCGGAAUGUCACUCGGACCCUGAGGAAAUUUCAAAAGUGCAUCUUCCCUGCCCUGGCCCUAGCAGCCUGAACUUUAAAUCCAAGGACUGCAACAGCAAUAUCCUGAGUGUCAGCAGUCUUGCCAGCACCAGCAGUACCUCCAUACCAGACCCAGCUGCCCCUGACCUGCUGGAGGAGCCCCUGUUCUCGCCCAUCUCCAUGGUACAGAAUGAGCUUCUGUCACCACUGAGAGACUUUGAGGACAUUAAAUCCCUGUGGGUUAAGAUUGAGCUCAGCCUCCUGUCACGGAUUCCUGGGCAGGAUCCACCUGAGCCACUCCCUGCCAAGGCUGAGUGUCGAGAGACCAACUUCAAGCACAGGAGACAGCAGUCACCAGCCUCCAUUCCAUCAGAGAAACCCACUAGCAAGUCAAAGAGGAAACACAAGUCAGAGCAUUGUGAGGUGUUGAGUGGGACGAAGAAGUUAAAACUGGAAAAAGAGGCCUUGCUCCUCCCUCCGUGUAUCUCUCCAAUCCACAACCACAAAGUCUCCAACACGAAAGACUCUUCGAAGAAGCAGCCGAGGAAGCUCCUUCCUCCUUUGCUCUCCCCGCUGUCGGAUGAGCCCGCAGGUCGCCAGCGAAGAAGCAGCGAAAGCAGUUCGCUCAGUAUGGAAGGAAGCACAGCUGUUUCUACAACCUUACCCCCCACACACUCCCUUCCACCUUCUUCCUCUUCGUCAUCCUCAUCGUCGUCGUGUCACAAGCACCGCAAAGGAGAGAGCAAGUCUCACUCCAAGACCAGCAGUCAGGAAGAAGACAGCCAUGCAAAGACCUCCGGGGGUUUCCAUACCAAUGGUCAAUCCGAAUCGAACGUAUGGCCAAACCCUUCAUCUCUGUCCAUGGAGAAUAUGGAGCACAGGAGACCUAAACUCACAUUCAACAACACUGUUCACAAUGCGGACUACUACAUGCAGGAAGCCAAGAAACUAAAGCACAAAGCUGAUGCUCUGAUGGAGAAGUUUGGCAAAGCCGUCAAUUAUGCAGACGGUGCGCUUUCCUUCAUCGAGUGCGGCAAUGCCAUGGAACGAGACCCAUUAGAGGCCAAGUCGCCGUACACCAUGUACUCGGAAACUGUGGAGCUCAUUAGGUAUGCAAUGAGAUUAAAGAACUUCACCAGUCACUCAGCCACACUGGCGGAGAAGAAAUUAGCGGUGCUGUGCAAUCGGUGUUUAUCCCUGCUGUACUUGCGGAUGUUCAAACUGAAAAAGGAUCACGCGAUGAAGUAUUCACGCUCCUUAAUGGAGUACUUCAAGAAUUCGGCAAAAAGUUCUCAAGCACCUUCACCGUGGGGCUCCAAUGGAAAGACUACAGGAACACCGUCUCCCAUGUCCCUGAGUCCUUCUCCCAUCAGCUCGGUCAACAGUAACACCGCAGCCAUGGUUUCUUCCUCCUCGUCCUCUUCCUCGUCCUCGGGCAGCGUGGCCAUCCCGCAGCGCAUCCACCACAUGGCUGCCAGCCACGUCAACAUCACCAACAACAUCCUGCGCAGCUAUGAGCACUGGGACACGGCCGACAAGCUGGCCCACGAGAGCCAAGAGUUCUUUCAGGAGUUGGACUCAGUGAUGGAGCCACUGACGCAGCACAGCAGCAUGACUGACCUGGUGCGCUACAUCCGCCAAGGACUACACUGGCUCCGUAUCGAGGCCCAUUUGUUAUAGUGCUGGAGCUGUUCACUGUGCUCGCUCACUCUCACUCUCUCACUCUCCAUCCCUCCUGCUCUCCUUCUCUCCUUCUCUCACUCCUGCCACACCUUCCAUCACUUCCUCCUUCCACCAGCACUGCCGUCUCAGAGUUGCUCCUGCGCAAGCGGAGCUGAGGAACGAGUGGAACGCAAGGUGCUGUAUGUUUUUCUGGAGAUCUAGAGCACUCUGUGAAGGACUGCAGAAACCGGCGUUGUGUUUAGAACAGAAAAACGAAAACACGCUUUUACUUGCAGCUGUGACAGAGGACACGGGAGGUCAUGUGACUCAACCGGGCAGAUCGUUGAGACGGGACAGUAUCUUAGUUUUUGAAUCUGCUCUCUUGUUUUGUACAGUGUACAUUACUUCCUAUAAAGUGAAAGGAAAGGGCAAACAGGUGCCCGGUGUGCAAUCCUUCUCUAUGUCAGUAUUGUUUCUUUGUAUUACAUGUCGAUGGCUUUAUAAAAUGAUUGUGAAGGACUGGGGGUCAAAGGAGUAGCAAAAAAAAAAAAAUUGGAGUCCAUCUUUUCGAGGAAAACUCCACCCUGAAUGACUUUAAUAUUUAUAACUAACAUGUGAUCUUCAAAUAUUUAUUUUGUCAUGUCUUUUCUUGACAUUUAAACUCAAACGGUCUUGAACGGUGACCGAUAUCACCCGCAAUGCCAUUCAGCUACCCGAGGCCAAUGAGAAUCCGUAUAAGCAUGUGAUGCGGCGGUGCUUUAGUCCUUUGGUCCUUUCAUCCAGUUCUCUCAACUCCUCAUCUGUACGCUCUGCUCAAAACAGAUCAGGUUCGGUUCCAGUGUUUCGUACCAACACCGCCGUCAACACCAUCACGCUCGGCAUCUCGUACACUACCGUUCAAAAGUUUGGGGUCACCCAGACAAUUUUGUGUUUUCCAUGAAAAGUCACACUUUUUUUUAUUUACCACCAUAAGUUGUAAAAUGAAUAGAAAAUCUAGUCAAGACAUUUUUCUGGCCAUUUUGAGCAUUUAAUCGACCCCACAAAUGUGAUGCUCCAGAAACUCAGGCUACGUUUACAUUAGAUCGUAUCUGUCUCGUUUUCUUCGCGGAUGCACUGUCUGUUUACAUUAAACCGCCUGGAAACGCCGGGAAACGGGAAUCCGCCAGCAUCCAUGUAUUCAAUCCAGAUCGUGUCUGGUCCGGUGCUGUGUAAACAUUCAGAAUACGCGGAUACGCUGUGCUGAGCUCUAGCUGGCGUCUCAUUGGACAACGUCACUGUGACAUCCACCUUCCUGAUUCGCUG